AAAAAAAAUCUCCUCCUCCUGUCUUUUGCGUCUACAGUGGAGAAUGAGCCAAACCAGUUAUCUAGCAGGACUGGUUAUAUAAAUGAGGCUCAGAGGUCACAGUACAGCCGAAGAAUUAAGAGUAACAUUCCAAGGUGAGAGGGAAACACCUGAACGCUAUACCCUGUUAGUCAUUCCUCUGAGUACUGCAGCAGUAUACUAACGCUCUCCCAAGCCUGCAGUACCAAGAGUUUGACAGUCAGCACUGAAGAUCAAGAACUCUCCAAGCUCUCACGACCAGCUGCCAGCAUGAAUUGUUGGAGAAGGAUGUCCAGUUCACUAGUUCUCUUAUGUAUCCAUAUUCUACAGAUUGUAUGGUGUGAGACAACAGUUUCUCCUUCAUGCAAACCUGGAGAAAAUUGCACAACUACUUUAAUGCACACAACUGAAAGUCCAGGUGUGGGGGUGAUGAGAAUAGUCGAGUGUGCAGCAGAUAUACGCCAAUACUGUGUAAAUGGUCGAUGCUUGUACCUGUUAGAUGAGGAUGAAUACUACUGCAGGUGUGAAUAUGGUUAUAGGGGUCUUCGAUGUACUGAUUCAGAUUUAGUACAAGUACCAGCCAAUGAGGAAUACUUGGCCCUCACUAUCUUCUUAACAGCUCUGCUGCUUCUAGCAGUUGCACUAGUAGUAUUUUUUGCAUAUAAAUGGUACUCACUUAAGAAAUCAAGCCAACCCAACCAGAAAUACAAAGAAGUUGGUACACAAAACCUAUAGGAAUCGAAUGCAAGAGAAAAUAUAUCGUCCGGAUGGGCACGUGGGACUAAUCAUGACAACUGCAGUGGCAGUUUGGACAAGUGGUGACUGGUGGUGCUUAGCAUACACAGUCCUUGACAAUUCAUGUAAAUGUAGAUAAAAAGCUAUAGCACUCACCACUUAAUAACAUCUCAUGCCUUAUAAUAUGCAAAUAUAAAAAAGAGCAAGUGAGAGAUGCAGUGAUCAGAGAUGGCCUCUCCUUUAUAUUUGGAUACAAUAAGGGGCCGGGUGUUUCUAAGUGGUGAGAGAAGCACGGUUGCUUCUACAUUUACGUGAAGACAUGUGCGAAUCCUUGCAGUGUAUCUAGAUGCAAGGCAGAGUGCAACCUACCCACCAAACCAUAUAAAUGAUGGCUCACCUAAUGCUGUUGUGAUAAGCCACAACAACUGUAAUGGCAUGUAGUCAAUUCUCCAGAUCUGCUUCUUCAUGGAGGUGCGGACCCGGAGCAGGUGCCUUAAAGGGUUUGACAACUUUCUGGCCCACUGUUGAUCAAUGUGUAUAUAAGAUGUUUAUACAGAACUUACUAAAAUAGCCUUUGUUGAUAUUCUGUGCCAUUUUCUAAAUUUCAUAAGUCAUGUCUCCUUGUUGGCCAAGUGUUUUGGGCUGUCCACAUGGAGGUUCUGUCCAUAAAAUGGCUGCUGAUGGAGGGUCAUGUGACCAGGUAAAUCCCUCAGUCUCCUCCAUUCAGAUACAUUGCACCUGCCAUCUGCACUUGCACUGUUGGGAGUUUAGUGAAGGUUCAAUGUCCAUUUUAUGGACAGCACAGAAGAUUUGCCCAACAAGGAAGGGGACACAGCUUAUGAAGUCUAGCAAAUGGCACAGAAUAUCAACAAAGGCUAUAAUAGUAAGUGCUAUAUAGUCAUCUUACAUACACACUGGUCAACAGUAGCCAGAAAGUGGCCAACCCCCUUAAGAUCCAAGUCUAUGGAUGGAACCAGCCAGGCUUCCAGAGAUGCAGACAGUAAAGGAGAAAAAGAUCACUGGUACCAAUUAAGAAUCCAUAUUUACAGUGUUUCGAGGUCCUGCCCCUUCUUCAGAUACAAUAGAAAAGAAGGUGAAGGACCCCAAAAUGUGUUUUAUGUAUGGACUUUUAAUUAUGUGGAGAUUGAUGAUCUUUUUUCCUCUUCACUGUCUGAUUUCCACAAGGCCAACAGAAAAACUCAAACUGCUGUGUUUUUGAGGGCCUUAACAGAAACAUUCAUUUCUAUUAUUCAUUAUUUAUAAGUCAUAGGUAUCUAUAAUACACUGCAGGUCAACCAUGAACGGUGUUAUUUAAAAGUAGUGUUAAUAUUGUAUAUAUUAUUUCUGGCCAACACCUUAUAAAACAUAUACCGUAUGCAUUUUGUAGAGAGAAUUUUGUAUGCCACAUUUUAUAAGAAUAUUUAUGCACUUUUUAUGUGUUCUAUUUAAAAAAUAUUUUUGUAAUGCUUGAAAGCUGGUGUAAAUAAUGUUUAUGAAUAAAUAUUAAUGUCAUUC